AUGAACAGGCUCAUUUUUAGACGAUUUCAAAGUACUCACAAAGCUCUUUCGCCAGCUCAGAAAGCAUACCUGGACCGAGUGAUUCGCGUUGACCAGGCUGGAGAGCUUGGAGCGGACUUGAUUUACGCAGGUCAGUAUAUGGCACUGUCGCACAAGCCUGCACUGAAGCCUGUGCUGAAACAUAUGUGGGACCAGGAAAUACAUCAUCACAACACUUUCAACCGAUUGCAGGUUGACCAUAGAGUGCGUCCGUCUUUGCUUACCCCAGCAUGGAAAGCAGGUGCAUUUGCAAUGGGACUUUUCACCGGUUUGCUGGGUAAAGAAGGAGCAAUGGCCUGUACCGAGGCUGUGGAAACUGUCAUUGGAAAUCAUUACAACCAGCAGUUGCGUGUGCUGUCCAAUGGAUUCCAAGACAUCGAAGAAAUAGAUAGCGACAAGACAUCGGAUUCAGCGGAUAUUAAGAGCCUGAAGGAAACUAUAAAAGUGUUUAGAGAUGAGGAGCUGGAGCAUCUGGACACAGCAAUUGAGCACGACUCGAAAAAGGCCAGGCCAUACUGGUUGCUGACAGAAACUAUUAAGCUGACAUGCAAAGCUGCCGUCUGGACAGCAGAGAGGAUCUGA